ACGCAGCCGAGGUUGCUGCUAAAGAUGCUGGGGCGCUUCAAGUGACAAGUCAAGCUCCUCCAACUGAGGAUGCUGCUGGUACUCUCGUCCCCUCAGUUGACUCUGCUCCUAGUCCUUUCGAUGCCAUGCCUCCAACUAACGCCAAUCUUGUUCCUUCCAACACCAAGGCCUCUUCUGCUUAG